AUGAUCAACAUUGAAGUUCUAUCAAAUAUUGGUGUCAUAUACUAUGCAUUCCUAAGUGGUUUAGAGAUGAACUUGAAUACCAUUUUACAUGUUAAAAAGAAAUCUGCAACUAUUGCAAUUUUUGGAAUCAUUUUUCCAAUGGUGAUGGGACCGGCUUUAUACCUUCUACAUCGAAAUUUUUAUGGAAAGGGUGAUGGAUCUGAACUUGAAGAAAAUACAACAAAUGCUUGUGUAAUAUGGACUUUAGUUCUCACUGUGACAGGUUUUCCAGUCGUAGCUCACACCCUUUCUGAGCUCAAACUUCUUUAUACUGGUCUUGGUAAGGUUGCAUUAACAACAGCUAUGAUCAGUGACACAUAUGCUUGGAUUUUAUUCAUAUUAUUUGUUCCAUUUUCAGUUAAUGGUACAAGUGCAAUAUAUCCAGUGUUAAGCACUGUAAUAUUUGUUUUCAUUUGCAUCUUUGUGGUGCAUCCUAUAAUCGCAAAAGUCAUUAAUCGCAAGACAGAAAGAGAUGAAUGGGAUGGUAACCAAUUAGUCUUUGUGGUGAUGGGACUUUUUGUUUUCUCAUACAUAACUGAUAUUCUUGGUACACAUGACGUUGUUGGUGCAUUUGUAUACGGGUUGAUUUUACCUCACGGUAAAUUUGCUGACAUGGUCACAUCAAUGACUAAUGAUUUUGGUGGUGGGUUUCUAGCACCAAUUUACUUUAUUGGCAGUGGAUUGAAACUCAUGUUCGUGCCCGUUUUCUAUCAACCAAGUUGGCCCUUUACACUUAUCAUUAUACUCUUGAUGUGUGUUCUAAAGAUUCUAAGCACUUUGUUUUCCACUUUCUUGUUUGGCAUGCGUACUCGAGAUGGUUUUGCUUUAGGCUUGCUUCUCAAUACAAAGGGUGUCGUUGCAUUAAUAAUGCUCAACAUUUCAUGGGAUAGAAUGAUUAUUACUCCACCAACCUAUGUUGUUUUAACAUCAGCAGUUAUUUUAAUGACUAUAGUGGUAGCUCCCAUCAUAAAUGUCAUAUACAAGCCCAAAAAGAGAUAUGAGCAAAACAAGCUAAAGACUAUACAAAAGCUCAGACUUGAUGCAGAGCUUAGGAUUCUAGCAUGUGUUCAUAAUACUCGUCAAGCUGUAGGGGUUAUUAGCCUCAUUGAAUCUUUCAAUGCCACUAGACUUUCCCCUAUGCAUAUUUUUGCACUUUACCUUGUUGAACUCGUUGGACGUGAUGGUGCACUUGUUGCUUCUCAUAUGGAGAAGCCUAGUGGCCAAUCUGGAACACAAAAUCUUACAAGAUCCCAGAUAGAGUUAGAAAGUAUUGAUAAUAAAUUUGAAGCACUCAGAGAGGCAUAUGAUGCUAUCAGAGUAGAAACGUUAAAUGUUGUGUCCGAAUAUGCAACCAUUCACGAAGACAUAUACAAUUUAGUUAACGAAAAACAUACAAGCUUGAUUCUCCUUCCAUUCCACAAACAACUAAGUCCGGAAGGUGCAUUUGAAACAACUGAUGUUGCGUUCAAAGAUAUAAACUUGAAUGUGAUGCAAAGUGCACCUUGCUCUGUGGGAUUAUUUGUUGAUCGUAAUCUUGGGUCCUUACCAAAAAUGAAUUUUCGUAUUUGUAUGAUCUUUGUUGGAGGUCCUGAUGAUCGCGAAGCAUUAUCUGUCGCAUGGAGGAUGACAGGACACUUAGGAACCCAACUUCUAGUGGUUCGGAUGCUCCUGUUUGGUAAAGCUGCAAUAGUGGACACCACAAGUCAUGAUAAAGCAAGGGGCAUAUUAUCUAUUGUAAUGGAUAGUGAGAAGCAAAAGGAAUUAGAUGAUGAGUAUGUUAAUGGAUUUAGAUUGACAACGAUGAACAACAAUGAUUCUAUAUCUUAUUCAGAAGUUGAUGUCCAUUCUGCUGAAGAUAUUCCCACAUCCCUCAAUGAGAUAGAAAAAAUUGGUUGCGAUUUAUACAUAGUUGGACAGGGAAAUCGUAGGAACACUCGAGUCUUUUUAAACUUAUUGGAAUGGUGUGACUGUCCAGAACUUGGGGUUUUAGGGGAUAUUUUAGCAUCAAACAAUUUUGGUUCGGGCUCAUCAGUGCUAGUUGUGCAACAAUAUGGGUAUGGAGGAAUGGUUUUGGGAAAGCAACCAAACCAGGUGAACGACAAUAAUGAUGCUUUUGAGGUGUUGUAG